ACUUGCGGAAGAUACCCGGAAGUACUUCCUGUCCGGUCUUUUUCUUCUUUAACCCGAACUUUCGCUAGACAAUGGCCACGUUUUUCGGCGAGGUUGUGACCGUUUACUCUCGGGCUGUGGAUGAAGACGAUGACGACGAAGAGACGCUCGACGAGGACGAAGAAGACGCUCAAAUUCGCAAAGAACUCGAGGAAAAGAGGGAGGUUUGUCUCCAUUGGAGUCCCGAGGUGUGUGAUGCCCUGAAGUCCGGGGACAAGCUGACAUGCUCUCACUUCAUCCUCGCUGUGGGACACAACGCUUCCAGGUUUCUGUCGGUAUACGUUCUCACCUCGGAAAAGUGGGACACGGUGGGACAUGCUUCCGUAUGGAAUGAGAGGAGCCGGGCAGGAAGCGACGAGCAGUCUGAGUGCAUCUUCUACCGACACAGGGACGAGCCGUCUGUUGUAAUCUGCCAGCUGACGUGCUAUGUUGCGGAAGAUCAGCAGUUCCAGUGGGCAGAAAAGGUGUUGGACUGCCUGCAGCACAAAGACCUGCACGUGACCGUCCUGUCGGAUAGCCCCAUGGCCGACUACAAGAGCGCCGACUACCUCUGCGGCAGCUCGGCGCCCUUCCUGCGCUCCCUCCACACCACCACCUUUAAUGGUCCACCUGUGUGCCGUGCCCUGGAGCAGCCAAACAUACUCAGUGGACUUCCAGCUGCAGUGUUGAACCACUGCCAAGUUCACCGCAUCUCCGCCGUUGUCUACCGGUGCUUCAGUGAUGUCAACGGCGCCGACUCGGUCACCAUGGAGGCCUUCAAGCCGGCACUCGCCAAGCUUCGGCACUCCAUAAAGUUGGAUGCUUGUCCAAGCUCUGACGCCCUCCGCAAGAUUGUCAGAACCAGAGACCCUCAGAGUAAUCUUUACAUAUGAAACUUUGUAUGUGCUGAAAUAUUGUCGUAUUUUUAAUAAUAAAAACGUGAACCAAA